AUGGCAUCCACAAAAUUCACAACAGUCGUGAGGUCGUUAAGCUCAUCCUCGAGCUCAACCUCAGGAAUGGUCAAACCCCCAAUUAAAGUAUUUGGCAUUGAAGGGCGUUAUGCCACUGCUUUGUUUUCCGCCGGUAGCAAACAGAAUAAAUUGGAAGCCAUCGAAAAAGAUUUGAUCAAAUUUCAGACUGCAUUAAAAUCAGAUAAAGUCCUUAAGGAAUUUGUUGAUAACCCAAUUAACAAAAGGUCAUUAAAGUCUACCACUUUACAAUUGGCUGCAAAGAAACUCGCUCUUUCACCUCCGUCAUCCAAUUUUUUGAGCAUGUUGGCUGAAAAUGGAAGAUUACAAAAACUUAAUUCAAUCAUUAACAGUUUCAAAAUUAUCAUGGCUGCACACCGAGGAGACUUGCCAUGUGUUGUAACAACAGCUAAGCCUUUGGACACAGCUGAACAGCAGGAACUUAAAAAGACAUUGCAAGCGUUUUCGAAAAAAGGAGAAACAAUCAAGUUAGAAUUAAAGGUUGACUCAUCACUUAUUGGUGGAAUGAUAGUCAGCAUUGGUGACAAAUAUGUCGAUAUGAGUGUUGCUACAAAAAUUAAGAAGUACACCGAAAUCAUCCAGGAUGCCGUUUAA